UAGCAUUUAUCGCGCAAUUAAACAAUGUAGUAACACACAAGCUCCAUGCUCGGUGCAAAUUAAUUUAAUUCAGUGCGUGUUUCUUUACACCGAACAGUGUUACUCUCGAGCGCGGCGAUUAUCGAAAACAUGAGUGCGGAAUAAUCACGCGUAAUUGAUUCAAUUUCUUGUGGUGUUGUGGUGAUUAGGAAAAGGAGCCAGGUACUCCGGAGGGUCAGCCCCGUCACAGUUCGACUGCAGCAUAGUGCGUAGAGGAUAGUCCUUGACCAUGUCUACUGGAGACACCGUUCUCAACUCAUAUGAUGCUGGACACCAGCCUUAUAUCCACGACCCUAAACGGGGCAAAUGGGAGAAUCAGUGGGAUUUUUACCUCGCGUGCUUCACGAAUGUGUUCAGUAUGCGAAAUUUUGUGAUGUUUGCGGCUUUGAUGCAUAUUUCAGGUGGCGGGUACAUUUUCCUUCCCAUUUUGAUAAAUACAUUUUUGUAUUUAAUUCCGGUAUUUUUUGUUCAGUCGUUCAUGGGACAGUUUUCAAGUACGGGAUACAUUACAGUCUUUCGGGUAUCACCUCUAUUUAAGGGAAUUGGCUAUAUAAUUCUUGCGUUGAAUUUUUCGUCAGUUAUUUAUGGCAGCUCGGUAGCAACGUUUCCUUUUUUAUUUUUCCUUAAAUCCUUUCAACUGAACACAACAUGGAUGUAUUGUGAUAAUUCGUGGAAUUCUGAAAAUUGUACGGAAACUUCUGAUAGAGGCCCAUACAUUCAGAGUAACGAUUUAAACAUAUCGGACUCUUUGGAGCCCCUUUAUGAAUAUUACUAUCAUGGCAUAGUGAAAGUCAGUUACGAUCCCGAUGUAAAGGACAUAUCCUGGCCGAUGAUCCUUGGCGAACUACUAAUUUGGAUAGUAGUCGGUUGUGUUAUAUUCCGCGGUAUAAAAGUGGUGGGACAAUUUCUCCGUUACACAACUAUUAUAACAGCAGGAAUUGCUUUCAUUCUGUUUAUAAGGACUCUUUGUUUACCCGAAUUAAUACUCACUACGAGUAAACUGUUUGAUGUUAGGGGCAGGGCAGGACUUCUUCAUCCAUUGCCAUGGGUGAUCAGCCCCCUUUUGUGCUCUGCGGCACUUGGCAAAGGCUGGGGCACAACAUUGACUUUGGCAAGCUUUCAACCGUUCCGAAAAAACACUGAAGCAUAUUCGACCUGGAUACCUGUAGUGAUGAUGACCGUAGCGAUGAUUUGUGGAUACAUGGUAGCGAUCAUUGGAGUAUUUGUCUCCUGUCGAACCCCAAUGGCCUUGCAUUUUUUUGACUUUGAUAGUUUUGAAUAUCUUUUUAUUGCUGUUCCAUAUUUUUUCGGAAAAUUGGAGGCAUCUCAGAUGUGGUCAAUGCUAUUUUAUUUAAUGUUAUUCCUGUCAGAAUUGAAUUCAGUUAUAAUUCGGACAUUCGCUAUCGUUACAUCUCUUUGCGACGAAUAUGUGCAACUAAGGCGAUGGAAAUAUGAAUUGGGAGUGGGCUUAUGCGCAAUUUGUUUCUUGUUAUCAACGAUCUUCGGUACCGAGUAUUUCGCCUAUGCAUAUAGACAGUUUUCGAGUUCAGGAUACACCAAUCAACUGCUGAUCUCCUUCCUCGAAAUAUUAAUCAUUGUAUGGAUUUAUGGUCGUGAACGCUUCCUACGAGAUGUUCGUUUCAUGCUGGUCAGAAACAUUUCAGUAGUGAAAUUCUACAUUUUGCGAUUUAUCUCACCAAUUUGUAUCCUGAUUAGUGCGGUCAUCCACGGGCUCACGACGGUUCUGGUAAUGAUUGAAGAACCCACACCGAUUCAUGUGCACAGUGUCAUAUUUAUAGUUAAAGGACUGCCGUGGGUGUUCAUCCCAUGGUACAUGAUUGCCAAGUUACUUGCAACCAUUGGAACUAUCCCAGAAAGGUUUAGGAAGUGCACCAGACCAAUGGAUUGGUAUCCGGCUGACCCUGUUGAUAGGCAAAAGUAUGAAAUGGCGCUCGGAGCUUCGGAUGUUUCACAGCAGCUUUUGGAAAUGAAUGACAGUGUCCUGUAAAAAGAAUUAUUUUAUUUUGUUAAGAAUUUUGUGAGUUUCCUUCGGAACAAAAUGUUCGGAUAUUGAGAUAAUA